GUAUAAAUAGUGUGAUCUCAAAUUGAAAGGCAUAAAUAACAGCAGGAGUGAUCUAACCCUAUACAGCCCAUCUUCUACGUGCAAAAACAGCGUGCGGAGGACGGCCACAUCUCCGACUGAAAACAAGUGGAUCUCUGUGGAUAAGAUCACCGGGCAGCCAUGGAAGAACUUACGGCUUUUGUAUCCAAAUCUUUUGACCAGAAAAGCAAAGAGAGCAGCAGCGGCAGUGGCAGCAGCAACAAGAAGGAGACGAUCACGUACAGGGAAGUUUUGGAGAGUGGGUUGGCUCGCUCUAGGGAGCUUGGAAACUCUGACUCUAACCUGCAGGACAUGACCGAGAGCAGCAACCAUUGCCCGGUGCAUCUUUUCAAAGACCACGUAGAGAGCGACAAGGACAAACUGAAGGAGUUCAGCACGGGCAGGACGGCGGAAGGGAUCUACGAGUGCAAAGAGAAGAGGGAAGAUGUGAAGUCAGAAGAUGAAGAUGGACAGACCAAGCUCAAACAAAGGAGAAGCAGAACCAAUUUCACACUAGAGCAGCUGAAUGAGCUGGAAAGACUUUUUGAUGAGACUCACUAUCCGGAUGCCUUCAUGAGGGAGGAACUAAGCCAGAGGCUGGGACUGUCUGAAGCUAGGGUUCAGGUCUGGUUCCAGAACAGGAGAGCAAAGUGCCGAAAGCAGGAAAACCAGAUGCACAAAGGUGUGAUCCUGGGAACCGCCAGCCAUUUAGACGCCUGCAGAGUGGCCCCCUAUGUGAAUAUGGGAGCCCUGAGGAUGCCUUUCCAACAGGUCCAGGCGCAGCUGCAGCUGGAGGGCGUGGCCCACGCGCACCCGCACCUGCACCCGCACCUGGCGGCCCACGCGCCCUACCUGAUGUUCCCGCCGCCCCCCUUCGGGCUGCCCAUCGCCUCCCUGGCCGAGUCCGCCUCCGCCGCCGCCGUGGUGGCCGCCGCCGCCAAGAGCAACAGCAAGAACUCCAGCAUCGCCGACCUGCGGCUGAAGGCCCGCAAGCACGCCGAGGCCCUGGGGCUCUGA